GAAAUGUGACAAGGUGGGCGGAGCAAGUAGGCUUGCAGGGUACACUAUUGCUUCGGUGAGGAGAGGAGCCGCUUCGUUUUAUCUUGUUGCUGGACCGGCAGGACCCUGGUAAAGCCAUGGGGGCGUAUCUGAGCACUUUGGGAAGAAUUGCAGUGUCUCCAGUAUACUUUGUGAUCAGCUUGUUCAUGAGGCUUUUCUCUAAGCCUCUGCCUCCCAUUACCCUAGAGACUCCAGAUGUGAAAUAUGCUUUAAGGCUGAUUGACAAAGAGGAGGUUACUCAUGACACCAGAAGGUUUCGUUUUGCCUUGCCAAGCCCAGAACACAUUCUAGGCCUCCCUGUUGGGCAGCACAUCUAUCUCUCUGCAAGGAUUGAUGGGAAUCUGGUGAUCAGGCCUUAUACGCCAGUCACCAGUGACGAUGACAAAGGUUAUGUGGAUCUUGUUGUGAAGAUAUAUUUCAAAGGAGUUCACCCAAAAUUCCCAGAAGGAGGGAAGAUGUCUCAGUACUUGGAAAACCUAAAAAAAGACGACACUAUUGAGUUUCGUGGACCCAGUGGAUUGCUUGUCUACAAGGGGAGAGGGGUAUUUGCUAUUCGUCCAGACAAGAAAUCUGAACCAGUACUGAAACAUGUCAAAUAUGUGGGGAUGAUAGCAGGUGGAACAGGAAUUACCCCAAUGUUGCAGCUCAUUCGAGCUAUUGUGAAGGACAAAGAGGAUCCCACCAUUUGUCACUUACUCUUUGCUAACCAGUCCGAGAAUGACAUCCUCCUACGCCCAGAACUUGAGGAAGUGCAGGCACAAUAUUCAAACAGUUUUAAACUGUGGUACACAUUGGAUAGAGCACCUGAAGGUUGGGAUUACGACCAAGGAUUUGUGAAUGAAGACAUGAUUAAGGCACACCUGCCCCCACCACAAGAUGAUGUUCUCAUCCUGAUGUGUGGCCCCCCUCCAAUGAUUCAGUACGCUUGCAUCCCCAACCUGGAUAAAUUGGGAUAUUCCAAAGAGAUGAGAUUUGCCUACUAAAUAGGAUUGGAGGCAGGAUGAAUUUGAAUGUGUAAGUGGGGAAAAAGAAUGGAAGGAAGUGCACGGAACAACAGGGAACAAUACUAAAGACAGAAAAAGUGGCUGAUGCAUAGAGGUGUAAAACUGCAUUCAGAUAGGUUACCAAAUUGUCUAUACAAGUUUGGUGUCUUUAUAUUAGAGACAUGCUGAAAAUUCUGUAAACAGAUAACUUGUGUUGUAUACGGUAUCUUUAGCUUUGCUAUGCUUAAUCUCUAGUAAGGCCGUUGGAUUAUGUUUAACUCUUUCACAAUAGAUGGACAAAAUGUAGCCAGGCUCUUGCAUCACCAAAGAGUUUCUUACCUAUAUAGAGUGUGUGCUUGACAUGCAGCUGUCAAGCAUGUCUGUGUGCAGAAAGCGCUUUGUUCUUGCGUUCUCUGCCCCAAAGCUUUACAAUGAGCAGGUCAAGGAUAGCUGUAUUAAAUGCACACUUUUCAAUAACUAUAAUUUUAUUACUGCUGUUACCUGAAGAUUGGUGGUUUAGCCAAUUUGUGGGAGGAGGGUAGCUUAUUUAAUGCAAAUACAUGGAAAUCUGUGUAUAUUGAGCACACAACUGAUUUGCUGUUUUACUAUUGUACCCUUCAUCAUUUCUCUUGCUAAUCAAGAGUCCCAAGAGAAGCUUUGUACACAAAUAUUCCUUAAAAUUCUUUUUUAGUAGAGAAGCGUGUGAGAUAUAUUUCUUUAGAAAUAAGUCCUAUUGAGUUUUUAAAUGGAAUUUCAGAUGUAAUCAUUUCUGGGGUGUGUCUCUGCAUGAAUGCUAUGAAACAGUUAAAGUUCUAAAGUGUGUGCUGCAUACAGCUCCUUAAAGUGUAUUGUUUUCAGUUGCCUAAAGAGAUUUCAUGCUCUAAAAACCCAAUUACAAUGGAAACUAGAGGAUUCUAUAUCACCUAGUAGAAAAUGAAGAAGUCUAAUGAUUCCAAAGAAGAGGUGUGUAAGAACUAUAACUAUAGAGGUAUCAUGUGCAUUUUAACUAGUAGUUUUAUAACUUUUUAAAAAUAAGUUGCUAGGACCCCCACUUGUAAAAUAAAUAAAAUUCUGUAGCAGGGUUCCCACUAAAAUUAAUUUCAAUGCAUGUGUUAACAUGUGUGAUGAGAUCUCACAUUGCUAAAUUAAUACAUUUUAGUCUUUUCCAACUGCCUCUUUUUUUCUUAAUCUGCUUAGGGUUCCCUCCACUGGGAUGUUCUCUUCCACAAGCCCCACUGAAAUGAAUGAGAGCUGUGCAAGGCCACAGGUUCUCUUGGCCUAUUUCCCCCUCAUUGUAGGGUUGCUUGGGCCCAAAAACCUUAUGGUGUAACUCUGCAUUUAAGGCCAUCUCUUUCAUAAAAAGGAAGAGAUUGUCCAGCUGAAGCUAUCCCUCAAAAGAUGAUGGCUGAAAUGCAACUUAGCUUAGUUUUUCAGUUCUCAAAAGCAUCCAGAAAACUGCCCAUAAUUCACAGUUAAAACUAAUAAAGCCUGUGUAUGUCACCAAGAGUAAAUCACACCGGAAAAAAUAAAUCUCUCUGCUUUAUAAGAUUUUGCUGGAGUUUGGAGAUAAAAAUGUAGAUCUACAUUUGACAUGAACAUUGGCAUUCUAGGCAGUACUUGAAUCUCAUUUUCUCAUAUAGGCUGCCUUUUCAGGUACCAAAUUUCAUAAUUGGAGAGCAGUCCAAGAGAUGGGAGAAUUAAAAGUGCAUGAGCCACCUUUUCCAGUGCUCCGCUGGGCUUGCACCAGCAAGGCAAGUGGUGGUGGCGAUAGCUACAUCUUUUCCUUCUUCCCUCAUUUGUGUUACAAAAUAGUUUCUUUCCCAGCAACAGGAGAAAGAAACUACACCAGCACCAGGGCUGGUGUCAUUUGUACCCCAGUUCUGGGGGCAACUGGAGGACCCUCUCCCAACAUGUCCCACAAGGCUGUCUCUGCCAGAGCAGAACUGGCUGCAGAUCUUUCCAUAGCCUCAUGGAAGAGGCAUCUGGGGAGGGACCUCUUUCUCCACCCUCAGAGAAGGAGAUCGGAUUAAUUAUCUGUCCUUCCAGGGAGCCCUGGGAUUGUAGCCUUGUGCACCUCCAUGUGCCUAUGUAGCAACUGACAUUUGUGGUCCUUCUCCUUUCACCCAGAAAGAGCAGGUUCUAGCAGGGCUCCUUACUAGAUUUCAGCAUAAUUCUAUCCAUUACUGCAAAGCUGCUUUCAAGGCUUUUCCAUGCCUCACCUUGAUGCAUGCCAGAGUUCUGGAACUGACUGCCUGAAUAAACCCCUGGAUGCGAGCACCACUUCUGCUCUGGUGGUAGGAGCCAUGUAUGGUGUUUGGAGGGAGCAAUCAACCAUUUCAUGCUUCCUGGUGUUAGGGAUUCCGAUGUGUAUGCUGAAAUCUUAGGAGGGGAGUGGGGUUGUAGCCUGAUACUGUAACCUGAGUGCUAGUCAGGUUGUUCAGCUUAGAAACUGGAAGGUGCUAGUAGAAAAGAAAAAGCAAGGGUGUGAAGAAAAUAGAAACACUGGCAUUGUUUUACUUCUGUGUACACUAAAUUCCUUGCUUGAGUGAGCUCUUCUAGCAGAAAAUAAGCAAAGUCUAUGUCACUCUUUUGCCUAAUUUUUUUAAUAUCCCUGUGGGCAAAGGAGCCUUAACUUUUAACAAAAUGUAUCACUGAGAUGUUGAAGAACUCUGACUUGUCUCACAAACUGUUUCGUAUUACUUACCUUGCCUGUUCAGCUAUUGAAUUUUUCAACUGUUUGUAGUAGAAAUAAAACAUUUUUUUGCUUA